AAGCCGAUCUUUGCCUGCAGAGAUGCCAAAUUCAGACGCUUUCUGCACAGAUAUGUGCCCGUUGUCAACGAGAAGUUUUGGCCAACGCUGUGGUGUUUUGAAGCCAGAAUUAUGACAAUUGUACGAGCUGUGAUACAGUCGGUGCCAGAAAUUACUUACACUAGUGAUAUUUUAACACUGCCAGAUGGGGGGCAAGUGAUUCUACAUUGGGAGGAAAAUGAGAACAGUAUUUAUAGUGACUCUAAAACAAGACCAACAGUUUUAUUACUGCCAGGACUUACAGGGUGCAGUCGACAGAGUUACAUUCUACAUCUUGUCAAACAAGCCAAAGACAAAGGAUACAGGUGUGUUGUGUUCAACAACAGAGGCAUUGGUGGCAAAAAAUUGUUGACGCCCAGGUCGUAUUGUGCAGCCAAUGUUGAAGAUUUGACCAAUGUGAUUAACCAUAUAAAGGGGAAAUAUCCUGAUGCACCCCUUAUAGCAGCUGGGAUAUCCAUGGGAGGAAUGCUUGUCUUCAACUACAUAGCCAAGAUGGGAAGAGACUGCCCCUUACUGGCAGGGAUGACCAUUUCUGUGGCCUUCAAUGUAUUCGAGUCCACAAAGAGCUUGGAGCAACCUCUCAAUCACCUGCUGUUCAACCGGACAUUGACCUCCAGUCUGAGAGAAGCCAUCAAGGAAAAUUUCCAAGUAUUAUCAGAAAAGUUUGAUUUGGAGCAUGUUUUGAAGAGCUCUACCAUUCGAGAAUUUGAUGACCGCUUGACGUCUAAGAUGUUUGGUUACAAAGAUUGGCAGGAGUAUUAUAAAGACGCUACCCUGCAUGACAAAUGCCACCAUAUUCAAGUGCCGCUGUUAUGUCUUAAUGCAGCCGAUGAUCCUUUUUCCCCUUUGUAUGACUAA